GCAGCCUCUCUCCCUCUCCCCAGCCUCGACGUCAGUCGGUGAUCAGCCAGUGCCCAGAACAGUCGCGUGUCCUCGUCCGUCCGUCUCGUCGUCCUCGCCAUUCGUGCGAAGUCCGCGAGGUCCGCGAAGUCGUCCCUCUCCUGGAUAUCGCACGCGGCGUGACCACGACCCCGUGAUCAUCGGCAGCGUGCUGUUCUGCUGACAAGACCGCCCAGAGACUCGCCACUCCCCUCAGUCCACGCAGGAGUCUGCUUGGACCAGCGCCCCCGCCGCGAGCACCCCCGCAGGGACCCCCGCAGGGGUGCAGCUCGCAGCGAUGGCAUACGUACCCGCGCCCCCGCGGCCCUUCACCUUCCUGCACUCCAAGAGCGUCGGUGACUGCGGCUCGUACUGGGGUGACAUGGGCGUGCCCCCCAUGGGCCCCAUCGCGUCCAUGGUGAGCCCGGCGCCCAGCAGCCUGACGCCGCCGCGCUCCGAGGAGGACUACUACUACCACUCGCAGCCCUACGUGCAGGUGCACGCGCACGUCCACGCGCACGUCCACGAGCACGCGCACGAGCACUCGCACGAGCAGGAGCACGUCCCGCAGCACAUCAACCAGAUCUACGCGCCGCCCGUGUUCAAGUAAGUCAACCACUUAUAAAAGUAGUCGUGGUAGCUUAAUUUAGGCUCGAGGGGUGCGUCUUAGUCCUAAAAGGGGAACAGAACGGGCUUCGCGGAUUUUAGUUGUAUUAGGAAUUUUUGACCCUUUUAAAAAGUUGAAAAAGAUGAUCGAUCCGAGACACAUUCUGAAAAUUGUAGAAAUUUAGGGAGGCUGGGGACAGAGCUCUGCAGAAUCACCGUAUCUGGUCGCCCAGGCGACCAUCCGGCGGUCAGCGCUGGCUCUACCCUACGCUGACCGCCUUUUAUUGGGCUCAGCAGCGACCGCGAACUGCAGGUGAGAGGUGGUAUGCUGACCGAGAGGCGGUAAGCGUGGAGUCAUAGUACUGACCGCCGACCGGUCGCCUCGGUCGGUCAGAUACUGUGAUUUUGCUGAGCUAUGGUUGGGUGGGCUCUUCUCUUUGGCGAGGAGGGGCACAGGACAUCGGUGCCCCAAUGGGUGCGACGUAGAUGUCGUCAAUAAAGUGGCCUAAAAUGACGAUUUUGAAGAUAAAACUUACGUUUACGGCGAAAUUUUUACCAGUUUCCGCCAAGUUCUUGUGUAAUUUUAAAUGACCGUUGAUGAGGUAGGGUCGCCACUCUGUGGCGGGGUGGCUACGCUCCUCGUUUAGGGCCCUUUCACAAGCCCCGAUCACAGGCGUUGAGGUCUCCGCGCUCCCCAAUCGAAUCGCACAGAGACGUGGAUAAGAAACGUGUAGUAUUCAAGUGAGAGCCCUCCGUACAGUAAACGACGUAGCGCGUGUCUGAACGAUCGCAAAUAAAGUCGAUUUGCUAUGAACAACCGCAGUGCGAUUGUUCCUUUCAAGAGGCGCGGAAUUCCCCCUGCACUUCUUGUUUGUCUCACUGGAGUCGAGUGCGGAGUGCGGGCAAAGGGCAGGCCCAAGGCAAGGCAGGCCCGGGCUCCUCGCCAGGUGCCAGGUGCAGCCGACAACGGCGGCGCCUGUCACCGGGUGGGUAGGCAACCCGCCCGCACUACUGCGCUGCGGCACAGUAGCCCUACAGGUGCACGGGGCGCUCCACCAGGUGUGGAGGCAGUGCGUUGCCAGGUAGAGUCAGAGGCCCCCAAAGAGCGAGCGUCGGCGUCGGCUGAAUCGAGAGGUGGGAGCGAGAGGGAGCCGUGUUCCGGUUCGACCGUCUUUUCUGAACAAAACGAGCAUCAGGUGCGCGCUAGGUUGCGGGGCUCUGGAUAGAGUGGGCAAAUUACCCACGCAUAAAUAGGUGUUUACUGGGUUGCAUCUAGCACCUGCGUACUAGGCAACCCUUCGGCACAGGUGUGCGAAUGUGGCCUAGUAGACUACUCUACUGGUAGGCAGGCGUAGAUGCAGCCCACUCGCUACGCAAAGGUGUAUUCGUGGGAAUUGAUGUCUACUUUGUCUAUCUGGCAACAGAGGCAAACUCAGUGUGGCAAGAAGGGUGAGGUGAA